UCAAAGCAAUAUGGCGGCUUGACAUAAUAACUUUUGAUACGGAAUAUAUUAUUUUGAUUCUAACGAAAUAAUUAUCGGAAGAUUUUAUUAAAUUACUGCUUAUAUGAAAGUUAACAAGAAGGUAUCUUGCGCCAUACGAAUGUUUGUGUAAUGUAUACAUAAACCGACUAAAAGUGAAGUUUUCUCAAUUUAAAACUAGGUAGUGCUUCCAAAAUUUAUUUUAUUAAUAGAUGCAAAGAUGUCGUUAAUUAUUGAAUUAAACUAGUAUUGUUAUGCAGUAAAUUUUAGUACUAGCUAUCGUGUUUCUAUGAAGGACUAUGUCGUCUACACAAAGCAAAAUGCGAGGAAGACCACCAAAAUCAAAAAACUCUUGUACAUGGUGUGGAGAAACUAAGCAACCUUUAAAAUAUGUUCUUCCAACGCAACAUGGGAAGAAAGAAUUUUGUUCAGAAACCUGCUUAUCUGAAUUUCGUAAAGCUUAUGUACGAGGUGCGUGCGUUCAAUGCGACAAUGUAAUAAGGGGUACACCAGUGAGAUUAGAACAAAAAGAUGGACCCACAAAAGAUUUCUGUUCUUCAUUUUGUUUGAAUAAGCACCAGAAAAAGGAAGGACAAACGGAUAUAAAAAAGAAUAAUAGGGAUCAGUCAUCACCUGCACCAUCUCUUUCGCCAUCAGGAUUAUUAAGUGGAAAUAAUGUUCCAUCUACGACCCAAUCUUUUGCAAAUUCAAAUAAUCAUACAACUGUGUCUCAUCCUCCAUCAACCUCUGGCGGCCCAUUUCAGUAUGAAACGUACCAAACUUUUGAUUGGGAUCUUUAUUUGAAAGAAACGAAUAGCCAAGCUGCACCAGUUGAAUGCUUUAAACAGCACGAAGUUCCGCCAAUUAAUGAAUUUAAAAUGGGUAUGAAGUUGGAAGCUCUCGAUCCUCGUAAUUUAACAUCAACUUGUAUUGCAACUGUGGUUGGUGUACUUGGUCCACGCCUUAGAUUACGACUAGAUGGUUCGGAUAAUAAAAAUGAUUUUUGGCGCUUAGUUGACAGUAAUGAGAUUCAUCCAAUUGGUCAUUGUGAAAAAUCUGGAGGCAUGUUGCAACCUCCCUUGGGCUUCCGAAUGAAUGCUUCCAGUUGGCCCAUGUUUCUGUUAAAAACACUAAAUGGUGCAGAAAUGGCUCCUGCAAAAGUAUUUAAACGCGAACCAAAAACACCACGUUCUAACAUGUUUGAAAUUGGCCAUAAACUAGAAGCCAUAGACAAAAAAAAUCCACAACUUAUAUGUACUGCAACUGUUGGUGCUGUUAAAGAUGAUAUGAUUCACAUUACAUUUGAUGGCUGGAGAGGAGCUUUUGAUUAUUGGUGCCGCUUUGACUCUAGAGAUAUCUUUCCUGCUGGGUGGUGCUUUAAAAGUGGUCAUCCGUUGCAGCCACCAAGACAGAAAUCAACAGGGCCUAAUAGAUUUAAGUCGAGGACUAGUAAUGUUUUACCGGUAAUGGCAAUAUCAGGUGGAGGUACUAAUGGAGAACCAGCUGUUGCAUUAGUGAGUCCUGCAGGUUCCAGUGCUCCUCCGCAACCAGCUACUGAACCUGACACUAGUACAGCUAAUACCAAACCACAUUCUUUAGAGAAUGUUACAAUUUAUGUAAAUCAUAAUUGCACAUGUGGUCCUUACUUUGAUCCUCGUAAAGUAAAAGCAAUGCCAGCACAAUUUGGCACUGGUCCCAUAUUAAAUGUUACAAGAGAUAUAUUUCAAGCUUUCCUGAUGGCAGCAAUGAGUCCAAGACAAAUGCUAAGCUUAUUAAAACGUGGUGAAGGAGAAAGCAUAAGCUUAAUUUUAGAGAGUAAACCUACUUCCGUUAGGUUACCAAUAUUUAUGGAAGAAGAGGAUUUUUAUAUAUACAUUAGGCGACAACUUGAAGAUCUUUGUGCAUGUGAGCACCUGUUGUUUAGAAGAAAAGAAGCAUGCAAUAAAUGCCCAAAUACUCAACAACCUCAGUCCACAAAUAACGAAGAAACAGUUAAUAUUACUACCGCUACAACUAAUACCAAUACUACCGCAGAAAAAAGAAGGUGGUCGUCUCAAAGUCAACAAAGCUUAUCCUCAACCACCCAACAACAACAGAUACAACAAAAUUCUGUGCCAAGUAUGAAUAAUUCGACGCUCUCAUCGCCUACAGUUGCAAAACAACCUCGGAAAUCCGUUCCCGAACUUGAAGCUGCAACAUCCACUACUCAGUCUGAAAGUUCUAUGAACCGUACAGCCUCUGUUGAACCAGCAGAGUGGACUAUUGAAGAUGUAAUACAUUAUAUUGGUAUCACUGAUCCCGCGUUAGGACAACAUGCAGACUUAUUCAGAAAACAUGAAAUUGAUGGAAAAGCUUUAUUACUUUUAAAUUCUGACAUGAUGAUGAAAUAUAUGGGACUAAAACUUGGGCCAGCACUUAAAAUAUGCAAUUUGGUGAAUCGUAUUAAAGGUAGAAGGCAUAUGCUUCUAUGACUUUGUCAAACAACAAAAUGUGUAUAGUGAGUUAAAUCAACACAAUACUUAAAUUAGCUGGUCAAAUUUGUUUUCAUAAUUGAGAACAAAAAAAAAAUAUAUAUAUAUAUAUAAGUUGUUAAAAUAAUGUGAAUAUAUUGGUUAUAAUUUUCUAAAACCUAUUCAUUUAUCAAUUAACAGAGAGAAGUUAAGCAAAUCAAAGUUUUAAUUUUAUUUUAGUAAUUAAAUGUUUUUGUUCUCAAAGAAAUGUUAAAUUACAUUAGUUACGUGAACGUAAAAUUCUUACUUAUGCUUAUGCAUGUAACGAACAUAAGUAACAUUGACCUUUUAUGGGAUUAACUUAGACUAGCUGAAUCAAUCUUAAAUAUUAUUAUUAAGUAUUAGAUUAAACAAGUAUUUCUGCAACGUGAUUGUCACUUUCAAACGUUACCGUAAUCUUUACAUGUUUGUAAAAGAAGAAACAAUUAUUGUCUAAAUCAGGUAUGUCUAAAGGUCAAAGAAGCCUAAUCCAGCUCGUUUCUCUACCAUACUCAAUUGAAGAAAAACAAAUCAACCAAGUUACAAACUUUAUCUUUUGCUGUACAUUUUGUUCAUUAACCGAAAGAUAUACUAAUUUUUACGGGAAAUAUCUUAAAUGAAAAUAAAGUUUAUAAAAUAAUGGUAAAUCCAAAGAAUUUGAUUUAUACUGUACAUCGCACUAUUUAAAUAUUACAAGUAUCCAGAUACUUGAUUUGCGCACAAAAUAUUUGAAGAGUCGUGCAUUUAAAUUAUAGUUGUUGAAUACUUGAAUCACUGAUGAGUUCGAAUAUUCAAAUACAAAAAGAUUCAACAAGUGGUUCUAUUAUGCAUCAUGUUAAUGCAAUAGAGUAGAGGAAGAGCUGUUAAGCUCUGUAGCUUCAUUUAGACAUUCCUAGUCUAAGUAAUCCUAAUUAUUUUAGAUUUUAUUUGUGAUAUAAAAAGCGUCAGGAAGUAUAUGUAGUCUAAUGAGUGCUCUAUUGACCACAUUUUUGUGUUUACCUUGUAAUUUUAAACAGCACUAUAACUUCACGUAACUACUUUCCAAAUAUAGUAUUUGUCAACAUACUAAUGUUAAAGCAAAGAUUUAUAUUUAAUGCAUUUUUAUUUAAAAGAAAACAUAAAAUAAUAUGUACAAAGUGUAAUUAAUGAGGUUUUGUUUAGUACUAUACACAUUUAGGAACUAUUAAAUGUAUAUGCAAUCAUUCUGACUGUUUAAUGAUAUUUAAACAAACAAUACGUUUCGUGUGUGUUAUACAGGGUAUUUACCUAUUUGUAGUAAAUAUUUUAAGGGGUGAUUCUACAAACCGAAAUAAGAUGAAAAUCAACAUUGCAUGUGUACAUA